UGAACUUCGAAAACUUUUUCUUCCUUUUCCUCCUGAUCCACUGUUGGCAUACUAUUGGAUUUACCAAGUUACCUACAUCAUCAAUAUACGCUCCGAGUUGGAAAGCUAUACGGAAGCAUUUGGGAAAGAAUAAAUCUCGAGUCUGGAAGGUUUUAUUUGACUUCGUUAACAUACAUUUUAGCCUUUACUACGUACACUGCUACAGGAACUCGAUUGAGAUACUUGCAAGAUUGAUCAAAAUAUCAUAUUGCGUAUAUCUUCAUUUCGUGACGUUGUAUUCCUUUAAACCCUUCUUUUGACUUCAGCCUUCUUUUCUCAUUUAAUUCACCAUGUCUAUUUCAUAUACAAGCUAGACUGUCUUCGAUUAAGCGUUCAGAAACUAGUCCUACGGCUAAAUAGCAAUAUACCAACAAGGCAAAACAAGGCAAAAUAACGGCAGAAGUAAAUUAUCCGUCUCUCUAAACCUCGGGUAACAUCUUGGGUUUGUUGUAAUAAGUAUCCAAGCCGCCGCCAUGGAAGUAAUAGAUAUCUUUCCUAUGCCUUGGCGUUCGUCUCCUCAUUACUCCUCGCCAACAUGACAGCUGCGUUCUCGUCAACUACGCUGAGAAGCCUCAGCUUCCGUUUCUCAAUCUUGACCACCUGGCUACUCUGGUGGACCUUAUGCAUUGAUGCACUUCCUACUUGCAAUGCCCCCUGUCAGGAAGAAGAAUCCCAUUGGGUGGCAACGUGGACCUCGAUGCCGCAGCUGGUAGAACCUAAUAACCUACCGCCCUCCCCAUUCUCGGGGUCUGCGGCGUUUAAGGAUGCCACUCUUCGCCAGACGCUUCAUCUCUCCAUAGGUGCGGAAAGACUUCGCUUCCAGAUCUCCAACACGUUUGGUGGGAGUGACCUUCCUAUCACAGAAGCAUCUAUAGCCCUUCCAACAGGAGGUAAGGCUGGUGUUAACGGCAUUGAUACGGCGACAUUAAAGGGCCUUACUUUUAAUGGCUCAAGUUCGGUCACGAUCCCAAGGGGUCAAGUUGCAUACACUGACCCAGUCGAUUUCAAAGUUGGCCCUCAAACCAUGGUCACUGUCAGUCUAUAUUCGCAACCUGGCCAAUCUGGGAGUAGUAUUACUGGGCACCCGGGCAGCCGAACAACAUCUUGGAUGCAGCAGGGCAACCACCUCAAUGCCUCGACCGUUACAGGAGCGAGCACAGCGCACUGGUAUUUCCUCACAGCUGUCGAAGCCUGGGCCCCGAAGACGACUGCCGCCCUCGUCAUUCUUGGCGAUAGUAUCACGGAUGGCCGCGGGAGCAUUGAUAAUGCCAAUAACCGCUGGCCCGAUCUACUCUUAGCUAGGAUGCAAAAAGAAGGAAUCACCAACAUUACCGUGUGCAACCAGGCAGCAGGCGGCAAUACCGUUCUUUCUGGCGGUCUUGGCCCGCCGCUCAUGCAGCGCUACAAACGAGAUCUACUCACAGCUGCCGGUGUCAAGUACGCACUCAUUUUUGAAGGCGUUAACGACAUCGGAGGAGGAUCUACGGACUCAGGAACGCAAUCUCGCAUCGGAAAUAGUUUGACGUCGUCCUUCAAGACAAUCGCUCAGGAUGCAAAAGCGGCUGGUCUGACCGUCUUUGGUGCAACGAUCACACCAUUCGGCGGGAACGGACAAAGCUAUAGUAACCCGACUAGAGACCAAACAAGACAAACGGUGAACAAAUGGAUUCUAAGCGGUGGAGACGGCAGCUUCGAUGCUUCAAUUGACUUUGCUAAGAUUCUAGCGAAUCCCUCCAACGCAGCUAACCUGGCUUCUCAAUACGAUGGUGGCGAUCAUCUACACCCCAACGUUGCUGGUUACCAGGCGAUCGCCGACCAAUUCCCUCUAGGUAUUUUCAAAGGCAAUACGACCGCCUUGUAG